UUUCACAUUGUUUCUUGUACUGGGAUUCAGCAUCAGUAUCCCUGAAACUUCAGAAUAGAUCUGGCUUUUAACUUUUAAGGAGAAUAGAUAAAGGAUGUUCAUUUUAAAGAUUCUGUGAAGAUGAAAAGGGAUAUCUUAUGGUUUUACAGAAUAUAAAGCAAUAUUGUCUGACAUGACGGCAAAAAAUGUUGGUGUGACUUCCACAAAUGGAGACUUGAAAGGAUUUAUAGAUCAGAACCAGAGUCCAACAAAAGGUAAUAUUUCAAUAAUAACAUUACCAGUUUCCAGCACCAACUCUCCAACUAAGAUUUUGCCAAAAACCUUAGGACCAAUCAACGUGAAUGUUGGACCCCAAAUGAUCAUAAGCACAUCACAAAGACUGACCAAUUCAGGGAGUGUUCUGAUUGGGAGUGCGUAUAACCCAGCUCCAGCAAUGGUCACACAGACACACAUAACAGAAGCUUCUGGCUGGGCCCCAGGGGACAGAAAGCGGACUCGAGAAUUUAUAGAAUCAGAUUUUUCAGAAAGUAAGAGAAGCAAAAAAGGAGAUAAAAAUGGGAAGGGUCUGAGGCAUUUUUCAAUGAAAGUGUGUGAAAAAGUUCAACGUAAAGGAACAACUUCAUACAAUGAAGUCGCUGAUGAGCUGGUAUCAGAAUUCACAAAUUCUAACAGCCACCUAGCUACAGAUUCGGCUUAUGAUCAGAAAAACAUUAGACGGAGAGUUUACGAUGCUCUUAAUGUCCUGAUGGCAAUGAACAUUAUUUCAAAGGAGAAGAAGGAAAUCAGAUGGAUUGGCCUUCCUACAAACUCCGCUCAGGAAUGUCAGAAUCUAGAGAUAGAAAAACAGAGGCGGAUUGAAAGGAUAAAACAGAAGCGAGCCCAACUACAAGAACUGCUGCUGCAGCAAAUAGCAUUCAAAAACUUGGUACAAAGAAAUCAGCAAAAUGAACAACGAAAUCAAGGCCCUCCAGCUUUGAACUCGACAAUACAGCUGCCUUUCUUAAUAGUCAACACAAGCAAAAGAACAAUUAUAGACUGCAGCGUAUCCAGUGAUAAAUUUGAAUACCUCUUUAAUUUCGAUAACACUUUUGAGAUUCACGACGACAAUGAGGUGCUGAAGAGAAUGGGAAUGUCCUUCGGGCUUGAGGCGGGCAAAUGCUCCUCUGAGGACCUAAGAACUGCAAAAUCCCUGGUGCCAAAAGCUUUGGAAGGCUACAUCACAGAUAUGUCUACAGGAUUUUCAUGGAUAAACCAAGGGUUACUUUCAAGUUCGGCACAAGCAGGUUCACAUUUAGAGGGAGCAGGAGGCAAUUCUGAUGCUAAAUCGAGUGAGAAUCCAGGGUUGUGUUUGGAUGCUGAAGUGGCCUUAGCAACCGGGCAGGUUCCUGCCCCUGGCAGUCAGCAGUCCAGCAGCGCAACAUCACGCUACUCUGAGUCACGAGGAGAAACUCCGUGCUCAUUCAAUGAUGAAGAUGAAGAGGAUGAAGAUGAGGAUUCUUCCUCCCCAGAAUAAGGACAAAAGAAAACAAUAUACAAAAUGCUGCUCAUAAAUAUUCUUAAUGGGAGCUCCUGUUUGGAUUUUACUUAAGAUUCUUGUCUUGGUUUGCACUGUGUUCGGUGAAGCAAAACAGAAGCUUCAAAAUGAAUUCAUCCACAGCUGAAAUUCAAAACUUUUUGUACCUGAGCACAGCGCCACACGCAGACACAGAGCCACGCGCAGACACAGAGCGAAGUGCUUGUCAUCAACUAUAACCAAGGAAAAGAACAAAGUCCCUGGAGAUUUGGCAAAGUAAACACCAAGUUCACAUUGUCCAUUUUGGGACAUUGUGUUUCAGGUCUCUGUCUUCCCCUUAUCUUUACCAGAUGGAGAAGCAAACAGUCAGCGAACAAAUGCCAAUUCUUGCAUUGUCUUUUGGCUGUGCCACCUUUAGGAAAAGGGGGAGAGAGAGUGAGCACGCAGGAAUGCCCUAAAAUAGCUAUUUAAUACUAUCUUAUAUGAAAAUUGUUCUAGGGAAAAGGGGCUAUUAGAAUAUUUGCUUUUUUUUUCUGUUCAACUUGCUGUAUAGAAGAUUUUUAAAGUAAUAUAAAUUGCAAGUGAUUAAAUGAAUCUUGAAAUAGUUGAAAUCCAUUUUAGAUACUCUGAAGUUGUAUUUCUAGAUUACAAUGUACCUGGUAUAGCUUCUCCUUUACUGUUCUAACUUUAUACUCCCAUUGAUUUUAUAGCAUGUGUUGGAGUUUUUUGGAAAAAAAAAAAUAGCCUCUCUGUCAAGGAUCUCAGGCAGCACGUUUUCAAGGCAGUAUUUUCAAAUUCAGGGUGGGCACAUCAGAUAACUUUUAAAGUCAUAGGUUGAGGUUCUUAGGAAAAAAAAUUAAAUUUCAAUAAUACAUCAUUUCAUGAUAUGCAGUUUGGGUUAUAAUCAACUAACUUUCUAAAAAUGAACUUCUAUUGCACUCACCUUGAUGCGCAUUUGAAAAAUAUUGAAACACUUCCUAAAGUUAUGGCUAAAAUUAGACAACAUAGAUCCCAUUUGAACUGUUAAAUUAGAAUUGCAACAGGAGGCUCCGUAUUUUAUAGUUAACAUCACAUCCUAUCAUAAAAGACUUUUUAAAAAAAAACAAAACAAAACUUGAAUAACAGAGCAAAAUACGCUGUAGAUGUGCUCUUUCCAUGGUGUUCUAACAUCCCAUACUUUAACUAGUCUCAAAGCUAACUAUUUUAAUCAGGCAAAUCCAGUUUAAAAAGGUGUCACUUCUUUUUAGUUUUUAUGCUGUAUGUAAAUAACGGACCUGUUUCUAAAUGCCCGUGCAUGAGCUGGCAGAGCUCGAGGAGGUUGGCUCUGUCACUUAGUUAUGAGAUGGGGCAGUUGUUGAAGUGUCCCUUGGUGGGGCAGUGGCAGCAAGCCCUACCCCGUGGCUGCUGCCACCAUCUCUGUGGCUCUGGUGGGGCACGGCCACCUAAGCUUUUACAGACAGACCUGUGCUCAAGCCCACGAGACCCAAAGGCACGGAGCCUGCGCUCAUGAGGUGAAGUGAGGCUGCGGCUGAGAAGCUGCCUGGCUGCUGUACAGGGGUUAGCACACGGCUGGCUGCAUCCCCAACAGGAGAAACUGGGAGGAGCGAACAAGCCCCAGUGGCCUGUUUGCAUUCAGAACUCAGAAACAUGUCACAGCCGGCCGAACUCCUGCAUUUGAGGUACAGGUAGGGCAGCGCCACUCUUUAGGUAUGGCUCCUGGCUGAGCAAGCAGAGCUAUCUAGCUCACACAAAGGAGUUACAAAUGCACAAAUUAAAAGAAUUCUAACAUGCCUACCAUGUUAUUAAUCCUCUGGGCAAGACUGUUAAGACUGUCCUGUGCUCAUGGCUCACAGGCAACAGCAGACUGAGGGAUUUACACCACCUCACUUCAACCAAAUCCGUACCACUACCUCUCUGUGAAAUAAAGCUUUAUAAAUACAAAAUAAUAUUCUUUCUGAGAGAGUCAAUGCACCUGAUUGAAGUUGCUCACUUUUGAAAUAAGAGGACAGAAGGUAACAGCUACUCCAGGCAUAUUAUUAUGGAAUUGUCACCUUAAUGAAUGACAUCUCAAUUAAACAGAUAAUUGCUUUUAUUCUUAAAAAAAACAUUGUUUUUUCAAAAACUGUCAUGUCAGCUUUCAUUGUAAAGGGCAGAUCAAAGCUACCUGAUAUAAUGCAGGAUCCUAAGGAACUCUUAAAGGUGGAAACAUUUUCUACCGUUAUUACUCCCAAUACGUUAGGGGGGGCAUUUAACUUUACACUUUCUUCAUAUUUCCCACUCAAGAUCUGUGUAAAAAGAAAAACCAGCAACACACUCAACUGCUAAAGAGGACUUUGAACUCUAAGAACCUGGCAAAAAAAAGUUUCCUGCCCAGAAAUGGAAUGUAUUUUAUUAGCAGUCAGUGUGCCUUCUGCUUAACAGGAGGAAGAUCUUUACUGCUAUCUUCCUUCCAUUGAUGUUCAUGUCCUUCAAAGCAGCAGACUGCAAAAUUUCUUGCUUUCUGGCAAACUUCAAGCUACCAACUUUAAAAAAAAAAAAAAAAAAAAAAAAAAAAA